AUGGUAAUUAUCAUGAAUUGUGUGGGACAGGUGUUAAAGGUGAGAUUUGGAGUGGCCUGUGCUUUUCCCAGAGGAGUCCUGCCUGUGGAGUCAGCGCAAGGCCAGCUGGCCGGGACUCCCAUGUGCACGGCGCAGUAUUACAGACUCUUCACUUCCUGCCGCCUCCCCGGGAGAAGGAAGGAUACGCUGGUCACCUGGCAGGGCAGGGCCACGCCCGAACGGGAGCAUGUGAUCGUGGCCUGUAAAAAUCAGUUCUUUGUUUUGAAUGUGGUGAUAGACUUCUGCCAUGUCAGUGAAGCAGACCUUGUCACCCAGCUGGAGAAGAUUGUGAAAAUGGCGGAAAGAGAGGAGGAGCGGCAGGCUCCUAUUGGUCUGCUCACUUCAGACAGGAGGACGCAGUGGGCUGAAGCCCGAGAUGCACUGCUUAAAGAUUCUACCAACAGAGACUCACUGGACAUGAUGGAGCGAUGCCUUUGCCUGGUGUGCCUGGACGAUCCCAGCGGGGUCGAGCUCAGUGACACAAACCAAGCCUUGCAGAUGCUCCACGGUGGGGGCUGCUGUAAAAAUGGAGGAAACCGCUGGUACGACAAGGCCCUUCAGUUCAUCGUAGGUGCAGACGGAGCAUGUGGUGUGGUGUGUGAACACUCGCCCUUUGAAGGAAUUGUCCUUGUACAGUGCACUGAAUACCUCCUGAGGUAUAUCGCAGAAAGUCCAAAGCCCAGCAGCUGCACCCGUGCGAGACACCCUCCCACCCCGAGAAGACUGCACUGGACAUGUUCUCCUGAAAGCCAGGGGCUCCUGGCAUCCUCCGCCGACUCGCUGCACAGACUCGUGAGUAACCUGGACAUGAACGUACACAAGUUCAAAGUUUACGGCAAGGAAUUCAUCAAAAAGCAAGGAAUGAGCCCGGACGCUUUCAUCCAAGUGGCCCUGCAGCUGGCUUUUUACAGAUGUCACGCACGGUUAGGGCCCACCUACGAAAGCGCCUCCCUUCGCCGUUUUCGAGACGGGCGAGUGGACAACAUCCGGUCUGCCACCGCCGAGGCUCUGGCCUUCGCCAAAUCUAUGAGGGAGGACCAGCCUGCCGUCCCGGACGCUGAAAAGAUGAAGAGGCUGUGGGAUGCGAUCAAGGCUCAGACUGAGUACACUUUACGAGCAAUAACAGGCAUGGCAAUAGAUAACCACUUACUGGGGCUGUGUGGGAUGGCACAGGAGCUGAGAAUGGAAAAGCCAGAGAUCUUCACUGAUGAGACAUAUCUCAUUAGCCACCAGUUCACUCUUUCCACCAGUCAGGUCCCCACCACAGCGGAGAUGUUCUGUUGUUAUGGGCCUGUGAUUGCCAAUGGCUACGGUGCAUGCUACAACCCUCAGUCACAUCACAUGACCUUCUGCGUGUCCAGUUUCCGGGCGUGCCAGGACACUAGCUCAGCGGCGUUUGUGAGGGCUUUGGAGGACAGUCUGGUAAAAAUGAGGGAUCUGUGCGAGCUGUGUAACUCUGUAACCAAGGCUGGGAAGACGAGUGAAGGACCUGCCAAUCAUGUGAGAGGAAAAAUGUAAGUACGCCAUUGGAGGGAGUGUGAAGGAUUGCACAGACCAACGCUGCUGGUCCUGUUUUCUUUUUCCUUAGCCAGGUUCCAGUUGAUAACCAGAGGUUUCCAGGGCUGUGUUACAGUACAGUCUAUUGCCAUAGGUUUUUACAUAGUUAUGCCUCUUAAUGAAUUUUCAGAAGAUACAUCACCAGUAGGGAAGCACCGAAGCAAUGCUAAUGCUAAUAAUGCUGAGCAGUGUGUCUUGUAUGUAUACAGAAUGUGUCCACUUUCCCCUUCACUCAUAUCCUCAAACAACUACAGCCAUGUUUUAAAAUUGUGAAUUAUUUAUUUAUUUAUUUAUUUAUUUAUUUAUUUAUUUAUUUAUUUAUUUAUUUUAUUAACAUUAUUGAUAUAAUGGUUACAAAUGUUAUGCCUUGAAAUAUAUUACUGAAUUUAAUGCACAAUUUUAUAGUUUCAACAAAAAACUAUUCAUGCAAUGAAUAUAUUCAAGUUAGGAGUGAUCUUAAUGAUCUUGUUGAUCAUUAAACAGUAAAACGUCUGUAUUUUGUGAGUAUAGCUGUCUGUGUCAAUGUUUAAUUAGCUAUAUUUAUAUGCUCUGCAUUUCAGCGUACAUAAAAGCUUAAACUGUAUUCACAUUGCACAUACAUAAGGGUUACAGUGUAUCAGGAAAUCAUAAAAUUACCAUGAAGAAUGCAGUAUGAGGACAUAAACCUGCACUUUAAAAAAUGCUUUUUACAAAAAAUAUAGACGCAUUAGUGAAAAUGUUGCGUUUUAAAAUGUGUUGUUUGUAUAGUGCCUUAAUAAUUAAUUUUUAAGUAGUAAAAGGAACACAGUUAUACAUUUGUGUAUAAGUUCUCAUUGAACUAAAUGUACAUCAUCACAUUUAAUGUUAAAUAAAAAUGUGUGUCGUGCC